AUGGACAGAAAGAGGAAAUUACAAACGUUAACAUUUGGACCACAUCUAUGCGGUUUUGUAGUUGAACUGAGCUCAAUAAUAUUGAGCAAGAUUUGGAUAAGCGUAUUGCAUCUAUGUUCAUCACUCGCUCUCGUUCAUCCAUUCGAUCGUGUUUCGCUCGUCCCUCCUGAAAGAAGCACUUUCCAGCACAUUAUUCGUCUUCUCAACACUAACGUUGACGGUCGUGUCAAGAUUCAAAUUGCCUUGACCUCCAUCAAGGGUGUUGGUCGUCGUUUCGCCAACAUCGCUUGUAAGAAGGCUGAUGUCGAUCUUACCAAGAGAGCUGGUGAGCUUUCUUCUGAAGAGUUGGAACGUAUUGUCACCAUUCUCCAAAAUCCCGCUCAAUACAAGAUCCCUACUUGGUUCCUCAACAGACAAAAGGAUAUUAUUGAUGGCAAGUCUUCUCAAAUCAUCUCUAACGUUCUUGACACCAAGUACCGUGAAGAUCUCGAACGUUUGAAGAAGAUCCGUAACCACCGUGGUCUCCGUCACUACUGGGGUAUUCGUGUCCGUGGUCAACACACCAAGACCACCGGUCGUCGUGGUCGUACCGUUGGUGUCUCCAAGAAGAAAUAA